AUGGCCUCGCGUGGAUCCCUCGAAUCCAUUUCUCUCAACCCACUCAACAUCCCUCGUCCGCAGCCAAAGAAGCGCAAAACAUGUCAUACAGCCGGUGACUGGGCGAACCGGCCCAUCAGCAUUCGGGCCCACACCGCAUCCUUGUCGGAUGCGAACGUCGUCCUCGAACCGAUUACCGUCGUGCCCCGAUCGCGACUCCCACUAACCUGGAUCGACUGUUCUCCCGCACUGCUCCCACAGAUCCAACCCGGGGGUCUGUUUGUCGCCGAUAUCCCUGUCCUCGAGGCGGACGAUCUCCACGGCGAGCCGGUGGCAUUGGCGGUCCGGCUGGUGUCCGACGGGGGUCUCUAUGUCGUGGAGCGCGUGAAGAAAGGCGUCUACGCUUUGUUGCGGCUGGUGCGGGAGAUCGAGGAAGGUGAUGUGUUUGUCGCGGUGAAGGGAUGGGCCCCCGCCUCGUCUGCGGCGCAGGCGCCGCCGCGACGCGAGUCGUCGACCGGCGAGGCGGAUUGGUGGUGUAUGGCGCAGAUUGACGAGCCUGAUGUCGAGUCUCAGUUCACAGCGAAGCGGGCCAAAUUCGAUGUGUCUGUCGUAUUUGGCAUGGCAGGGGGUCCUGUCGAAGACGACGUGCGCAUGACGGAUGUUUCGCCGUUCGAUUCGACGGAGAGCCGUGCGGUCUCGGUGGUGCCGCGGCUGUCUAUGCAGCCAAGUUCGGGUUCUGAAGGUCCUGUUCUGCCUGUUCAUCUGGAUUCUCAGGUUGUGCCCCCUGGUGCGGUUGAGGGUGCGUCUGUGGAUAACGACCCCCUGCAGUCACCGCAGGAGACGCUGGACAACCUCCGAGAACAGUAUCUACAGGCUCUCUACGUUUCUAAGACCUCGGUGGCGUACUUUGCAAAGGGUCCGCUUGCGCGCUGCCGUGCGGCGUUCCAGUCGUCAGAGUUUGAAUCUGCCAAGCUGUCGGAUCUCAUCGAUUACUACCGCGAGGCUAUCCUGACAGCCAAGAAGAUGGACCUGAAGUAUCGGGAGUCCGUGCCUACCGCGCUCCAGGACGCCUUGCUCAGCAUCUCGGACGCCGAGUCCACCGCACGAACGAAGCGGAAGAGCAAGAAGAAAAAGCUCGGGAAGAAUGGAUUGUAUCCAGAGGAGGACCGGUUCAUUCGAAAAUGGUGGAGGGAUCGGUCACUGACCGACCACGGUGUUCCGGUGGAAACUUCGCGUGAAGCGGAGCUGAAGAAACAUGUCUCGGAUCUGCGGAUGAGGGAAACGCAGCUCCAGAUCCUCCUUAUCCUGGAAACAUUGGCGCUGGAAGCUACAGUCGCGGACGAGGCAAAGAAGUCCGCCAGCCACAGCGAGACACCGGAAGAUAAACCCGCGAAGGAGACCAAGUCAAAGUCCAAGAAGGCACAGGAGCUAAGCGUCAUGCUCGAGCUUCAUCUCGAUCGGCUGUGCAUCUGGCAUGCUGUCAGUUUCGAGGAUACGGCCGUCCCGGACCCAGCCAAGGCAUACAAUAACCACCAUAUGACCGGAAAGAAGGUCGAGAGCGAUGCCCUCCGUGAUUUCUGCACGGAGGUCAUUAUUCCGUUCUAUGCCUCUCGCCUCCCGGACAAAUGCAAAUCGAUCACACGGAAACUCGGCGUUUCUGCCGCGAUAUCACCCUUCCCGAAGAAGUCUUCACGCGGAGAACCUGGCGCUGCCGUUGAACGCCAACCACCUCAGAAACAACAGCGUCGUUCAUUACAUAGAGUGUCUACCGACGAAAAGUCCAACUCCCACAGCCAACGCCGCUCCGUCCCUGCGCUUAACCGGUCCAACACCGCCCCAUCCCACGUCGAGACGAAACACGAGUCCAUGGAGCCGCUCCUCCCGAUUCUGAGCGCAAGCGUGCGCGGCGGCAUCCAGAAGGCCAAGCGCGUGGAGAACCGUGAAGUGGACCUCAACGCGGUCGCGCGACAGCACGAGACGAAGCUGAAGAAGGUGCAGAUGCUAGCCGAGCAGAAGAAAGAGCUCGACGCCGCGAUCCUUGCCCUGCGCAAACCCAACCGCGAGCUCGUCGCCCGCGACAUUGCCCAAGACGCCGACAAGCGUCGUACCGGCGGCAGCGGCCGCAAACCCAAGAACCCCAUACGCAAUCCCCUCGGCCAGGGCGUGCAAGUCGCCGCCACGCCGCGGGGCAGCCGGAAGAAGGACGUUAUGAUGACCGGCCUGCCCCCCGUCCCCACGGGCCUGUCCCGGUCCUUCACACAACCCAGCGCGUCCUUCUUUGGAGGCGACGGUUCCCCGCGGAUGGUGGUCCCAGGCUCCGCCUCCUUCUCAGGCACACCCCGUGCAGACGUCGGCGCCGUCCAGGAGACCCCCACGCGCCGACCGGGCAAGCCGCUGGGCUCCUUCGACGACACUGGCAGCGCGUCUGCUAGCUUCCCCUCUGGGAACCUGUUCCGCGUGCCGCGUCGUCCAGCGCCUCGUCCAGCGGAAGGCGCCGUGGCGCCCUCGACCCCUGUGUCCUCCCGACACAUCGACGCAUUCUCGCAACCGCUUCCGCUCGGGAGACCUCUCGCGUCGUCCUCGAUGGUGAUGGAGACUCCUCCGCGCCCGGCCGCCGCGCCUACCUCUGUACCUGCAGGCCACUGCAACCAGUCUGCGGCUGUGAACAACACCUCGACGGCGACAGCGUCAGCGACAGCGGUGAUGGACACGCCUCCGGUCAAGAAGACGGCGACGCAGGUGCCGCCAGACCGCGCGGCGGUGCCGGUGACGCCUGAGAAAUCGAUUUACGAGCAAUUGGGAUGGGACGACGAGGAGCUUGCUUUGUGA